AUGGAUGACGCCGAAAAGAAUAAAGACUCCUUGGAUACACCAAGAGAUGUGAGACUCUUGCAUUUGUUGCUAGCAUCGCAAUCAGUGCUGCAAUAUGAGGACAAGGUGCCUUUGCAGUUGAUGGAUUUCGCUCACAGAUACACGAAGGGUGUGUUGAAGGAUGCGAUUGCUUAUAGGGAAUAUGUUGGAGGAUCGGCCUCUGAUGUGUCUAUAGAGGAUAUACGGCUUGCGAUUGGUGCUCGUACACAGUAUCAAUUCAAGCCCACAGCUCCCAAGGAGCUCAUGUUGCAGCUUGCCGCUGAGAGAAAUAAGAAACCGUUGCCGAACGUUGUGUCGUCGUGGGGUGUGCGUCUUCCCCCAGAGAAGUACUGUUUAACGGCAAAGGAGUGGUCAAUAGACGAAUAG